CACAACAUGGCAAGAACGAUUCAUCAUAGGCCGCACUGGCUAUCUGAUCAGCCAGCGAAUUAUCCGGGGAAGGCCACGAAAUCAUUUAAUCGCCAAUGUGAUGAUAGCGACGGGGUUAAUUUCUGUGAUUGUCAGCAAAGAGAAGGACCAACUGAAAGGUGCAUGUACCAUGGACGACAUGUCGAACCGCUAGCAUUUGCUUUGAAGGAUAUGCCGACCAUGCCGCAAGAAGAGUGCCCGCUGUUCUCUAAGCUGCCUACAGAAGUCCGGCAAAUGGUUUAUGACUACGCUCUAACAGACUGCACGUCGCACCCCCUGGAUGGAGACAAUCCAUAUCGCCAGGAUUUGUUUUAUAACAGCCAGAAGAUCACUAUCCGUCGCCCUGAUAUUGCUGUCAAUCUGCUUCAAACAUGUAGAGCAAUAUAUCUCGAGGCAUACAGACUUCCACUAUUGCUUAACCCAUUCAUCGUUUAUAAUUGGGGUUCGCAACCAUCUAGCGAUGUCACCCGGCCGUCAUUUUACCGACUCGCACCCUGGCAAUUUGCUCUUAUUCAUCGUCUGGAUAUCAGUCUCCAGCAGAUCGCUCUUGAAGGAGACCAGUUGGGAAAGUACCUGAUGGCGUGGAAACCCAACGACCGACAUGAGGGUGCUGUCGUUGCGCCUCGAUUCUACCAGGAGACCCGAAGCAUGCAUACCGGUGUCGUUACUCAUUCGUUCAAUUUUGGGAUUCUGAAACAUUAUGGGCCACCUGAAGAUGGUGUCGAGGUUACUCUUCCGAAUAAAAACUAUUUCUAUCCGAAUAUCCACCCCGAGCAGCCAACGUGUUCAACCGCAAGGUCAAUGUUGGCCCGUCCAAUCACGCAUUUGACCCUCCGACUUGCUCCUACAGACUGGUGGACUUGGAGUAGCAGCCCUGCCAGUGCUACUAGUCGUUUUGGCCUUGAUCCAACUAUUGGGGAUGGCGGUAGUUUGGAUCACCAACGCCCAACUCCAGCUCGCAUGUUGAGGAAUGCCGAGGAGAGACGUGCUGGCCGCUGGCCUGUCCAAAGUGUUAGCAAAGAGGGCAGCUCUUCUGGCGCUUCAAGCUGGGGUGCUCGAGUAGCCAAGCUUUCAGACCUCAAAAUGCUCGAGCUUGUCCUUCAAACAUUUGAAGAUAAGAAGGAUCAACUAGAUUUGGUAACUGAUUGUGCAAAGACCUGGACGUUUCCGCUGGACAAUUCGCGACACCAGCUUGUUUGGGAUGGAAAGGCAGAGAAGAUGAGUUUUGAAGGAGAGGACGGGGCUCUUGGUGGCAUAUAUGUUAACGGACACGGAUAUAGAGGGCAAGCUGGGAAGAAACCUAAGUUUGUGGUGAGCGUCAUACGCUUUAAGAGGGUUAUCGAUCAAUGAGUUUGUUGAAGCGUCCUCCGAAUCGUCGCACAGGGAAUUAGGACCAUAUAUAAUCAUCAUUUUCAAC